CGUAUAACUUUUUAGUGUGUGCGACGCGCGAUCCGCCGGUAGCAGUGAAUGUCCGAAUCGCUCCGAAAGUUCCAUGAUAUCGUGUAAAUUGUUUUAUUUUGUUUUCGUUUCGUCGCCGAAAAUUUGAUAAUUUUUUCAAUCACGAACGUUCGCGGUUCACUCGAGAAAAUUUUUCGGUACCUGCAGUUGUUGUUGUUGUUUUUUUGUUGUUAUAAAAUUUGGCAAGAAGUGCAAUAAUUGAACGGUUUAUCGGAUAUCUGCGUCUAAUCUAUACCUUAAUGCUAUAAUUUUUUGAGAUAAAUUUGCGAUUCGAUUGUGACCACGUAAAUGAUGAACUCGUAGAGCUAAUCGAUUUUUCUUCGGUGAUUUUCGCGUGUUCGAUAUUUUUCUGUGAAUUUUUUAUACAGCCAAAACGACGCCUAUUCAACAGGACGGCACACUGGAUACUCAGCCUCCAUAUGGUAGGCGGGGUACCAACAUCAUCGGAGGUAAACCUUCGGCUCUUGCUAAUUCUUUCGGGCUGCAGUAUUUCCCGGAAGAUAAUGGUACGGCCGGAGAACUGGAGCAUGGCGAAAUUCCAAGACUGAGACCCGGCAUCACAGGGUCAUCCGGAGCUGUAACUUUAUCCAGCGGUACUUCUGGAAAUCGACUUCAUUCCAGUGGUCCGUGCUGCGCUUUGCCGUUCCCUGUUACUCAAGCUCAUAAUAUAGGUCGUUCACCUGGUGGAGUUACAAAUAACAUGCAUACUACUUGCGCAGGCUGUGAAAAACCAAUUUUAGAUAAAUUUUUAUUACACGUUCUAGAAAGAUCGUGGCAUGUGAAUUGUGUGCGAUGUUUUGAUUGUACGCAAACCUUAAACGAUAAAUGUUUUAGUCGAGAAGGCAAACUAUUCUGCAGGGAUGACUUCUUUAAACGAUAUGGCACAAAAUGCGGAGGAUGUUCGCUAGGAAUAAAGCCACAAGACUUAGUGAGAAAAGCUCGAGAUAAAGUGUUCCAUUUAAAUUGUUUCAUUUGUACAGUGUGUCGAAAAAAGCUCUCAACCGGAGAGGAACUGUAUAUUUUAAAUGACAAUACGUUUAUUUGUAAAGAAGAUUUUAUGCUCGGAAAAAAUAGUCAAGAUUCGUUAACGUUUUCCGGCUCCGAAGACGAUGAUGACGAAGAAUCAAAUUCUUCAGCAUCUGGCCUAAUGAAACACCAUAUACAUUCGCAAUUACAUCCAAAUACUCCUGAAACUAAUAACAAUUCGUUAUCUGCCGGUGAUCUGCAAGGACCAUUAAGUCAUAGUGUAGUCGAUAGUAAAGGACAAGAUGAUUCCGAGGACCAAGGAUCUCUAGAUGGAGACCCGGAAACUAGAGAUAGUCAAAUAGAGAAUAAGUCUCCAGAAGAUGCGAAUUCAGGAUCGAAACGAAGAGGUCCUAGAACUACGAUAAAAGCCAAACAAUUAGAAGUCUUGAAAACCGCUUUUUCACAAACGCCAAAGCCUACCAGGCAUAUAAGAGAACAAUUAGCAAAAGAAACCGGUUUACCUAUGAGAGUGAUACAGGUAUGGUUCCAAAAUAAACGUAGCAAAGAAAGAAGGCUAAAACAACUGACAUCGAUGGGACGAGGACAUUUUUUUGGCGGUUCGAGAAAAAUGCGAGGCUUCCCAAUGAAUUUAAGUCCCGGUAUCGACGAAGGUCACGCAUUUUCGUACUUCGCCACCGGUGACGGUAAAUUCGAUUUCGGAUACGGAGGCGGCCCAGGCUUUCAUCCGGAUUUUUUCUCUGGUCAUCACGGCGGCCCUCCUGGCACAUUACCAUUUAAUCCUACCGGAGGUUCUAUGGAUGGUUCGAUAGGUCCCUUAAGCGGCGAAUUCGGCAGUAUGGGGCAAGAGCCACCGCAAGGCUUUAUGACGCAACAACCACCCCAGCCGGCCCACACGGAGGCUCAACUAAUAUCGCAAAGAUCCAGCCCCGAUUUCAUGUCAUCGCAGGGUACGUGGAGGUAACGCUAACGGCGGUGGCUUUUCAGAUGGGCCUCCUUUACAAAACGAACAACUGGUCUGGUGAUAUAAUAAUAAGGCCUAAAUUACAUCAAUUGUUAUACGAAGAGCCUUUUCUCAUAAUAUUUUACGCAAUUUUUGUUAUACUAUGUAUUUUUUUCCCCGAAAAAAUAACCUUGUCUAUGUUGAAAAUGUGCCAUAAAUUGUAUGGAAAAUUUUAUUAUUUUGAUAUUUUGUCAAUUCUUCGUAUCAAACUUUUCUGUGUUUCGUUUCAAAUUUUUCUUAUAUUUUUUGUUCGGUCUCUGUCUCUGUCUUGCUUUAUAUACUUACAUAAUUACUAUUUUUAUAAUGAUGUAUUUUAAUUGGUCAUCUCAUCUAACGUAAGAUGUGUUUGAAGUUUGAAUUCAGAUUCAUUUUGAACAAACUUUUCAUUGACGUGCUGAAAUUUCAUUCGACUUGAUAAGAUCUCUUUUAUUUUGAUCAUCAAUUACGUAAUUUUUUCAAAACUCGAACGGACUUAAGACUUAAUAAAUUUAAUAAAUUCAACUUUCAGGAGCUUGUAUUUAAUCUUAAAUAAAUCAAUUUCGAUCAAAUUUUAAGCAUAAUUUGACCCCCUCCCCCUUCACAAAAUUGUCAUGGGUAUAAUAUUCGAAGAAUCCGCAAAAUUCCGUUUACGAAGAGAAUUUCUAAACCAUUAAACUAGUGCCAUUUCAAAAAAUACCUAUUGCUCGAAAAACUUUUCCCAAUUUAAUACCUACCUCUCGAAAUUUGAAAUGAGGGCAAGUAAGUAGAUGAAAUUAAUUUCCAAGGGCUGCUUUAAAAUUGCCUGAUGAGAUUUGUCAGAAAUUUGAGUAAAAUCUUCCCUGAAUAGGAAAAGUUUUAAAAAUGCUCAUCAUUUCCCUCGAGUUACCUAUCAAUUUUAAAAAGAAAAAAAAAUCACGAUUCCAAAAAAGCUUUAAAAUGACAUUUGAUAUGUUAAAUUAACGGAAGAGAGCCUAAUUCGUGUUGAUUUACUGCCUUCGACAAGGCCGAAAAGUUUGAUUAAAAUGUACCUUACCUAUAUUUACAAGCAUUUGAAUGGCACAUUUGGAAUACUUGCUAAUUGUUAACAUUUCAUUGUCAUUUAAUUUGUGUAAUCUUAUGUAAAGCUCGCGUCGAUGUAAAAAAAUUUAACCUAAGCUAUGAAUGUUUGAAAUUACUCUUUAUUUUUCCUGUUCUUGCGUUCGAUGACGUAUUUACAUAUUUCGAUGAUAUACCUACCUACACGUGAACAUGUCUGAUUUUUACAUAGCGCCAAUUUUAUUUUGGAAAAAACAAAUCGUUUUAUAAAUAAUAUUUUUUCGUAUUUGCGAUUUUACGCUGUCCACACAUUUUUCGUCAUUGCUUACGGUUAGAAAUUUUGUUAACCAUUAUAUUAUUUUUACGAUUUCAACUUUUAUUUAUUUUUAUUUUAUUGUUUUUUUUCUUUAUUUUUUUCUUCUUUUCUUUUUUUUCUUUUGUGAAAAUAUUAAGCCUAUACAUAUCCAAAUGUAAAUAACUUUUAAAAUGGUUUUUAUUGCUCUGUUAUUUCGUGAAUAAAUUAGCCGACGUUUUAUUAUAUAUUUGUACAGGCUUAACGGGAAAAAAAGAAAAAAAAAAAUGUUGUGAAAAUGUUGUAUUUACGAUUAAGAUAUUUUUCGUUUAUUGUUGUAAAACUUUCAAAGUAGAAAUAAUAAAUUUGAAAAACUUUAAUACGCCAAGUCAUUUCUUA